ACGUUAGCAGCUCAUUCGCGGUUUGUUUGGCGUUCGUGCUUACGGUCAACCGUCAGCCACGUUUUUCACAAACACGUGCGUUAUCGACUAUUAUUUCCAAAAUUUAUUUAUAUUAGAGACUUAUAUUCAACAUAUUACUAUCUUAAAGUGACAAUGUGGUAUUAAAUGGAUUCCGUCGGACUGCGUGUGCUCGCCGGUUUUCGCGUGAACAUGCCCGGGCUUGUCUAGUCUUCUGGGCCGGUGGAUUGAACCAGCGCUCGGACAUCAUGGACGGCACUUUUCCACAUCAGCUUUUUCCACAUUUUUAUCUGGACGGACCGCCUGAUGUAAAGCCGAAACACUGCUAUAGUGGCUGGGGAACAUAUGAGCGAGUGUUUCCUGUCAAUGCUGAGCAGUGUGAUGAUGAGGGGGCGUUGUAUCGGCACAAGUUUGAAUCCCAGCACACAGUGAGGGGUGAGGAAUGGGUGCAGCUCAAACCAGCCGUCACUCCUUUUACACCACCACAUAAAGAUGCCAAAGUCUACUCCACUGAUCCGCUGGAUCCUCUGGAUUUUCCAGAGCAGAUGAAGUAUUAUUAUCAGCAUCACUGUAUGGAUGCUUUCUCCACAAUGGGACGUUUGCUGGAGGAAAACUUCACUUAUAAAUCUAAUCAAUCCAAGGAUGUUAUGUCAUUACGCUGGUCAAAAGACUUUGUAAAGGGCUUGAAUUAUAAGAGGUGUGAGCUUGGGAAAUCUUCCAGGAAGGUCCGUCAUAUCCACCGUCUCCUCAGUGAUAUCGUGACGGAUGUUCCUCAGCCUCUGCUUUGCUCGCUCCUUCAUGAAGAGCUGACCUAUCAGAGCGAACAGCAGCAGUUCUCUGCAGAUGCUACAGGUGGCGCUUUGGGUUUUUUACCCUUCUAUGAGUCUGAGAAGGGGAGCGAUGGUUGUCUGAUUUAUUCCAGUGGAGCCUUAAUGGACAAAAUCUGCUUCCACAGGGUGGCGCAGGAGUAUAAGGAUGAUGGGACUCCGACUUUUAAUAUGGGCUCUGAACCAGUUGUCUUUAAUCUGAAUGCAGCGGCCAGACAAAUCAGUUGUGGAAACUAUGAGAAUUCAGUUCAUGUGGCUGUGCGGUCGGAUUAUUUCUGUGGCGCUUGGUUUGUCUUUGACAAACUAAAGCCCAGUUUGGUGGACGUCAUCCAGACAAAACAGCGCUUCUCCUGCGUCACCGUCAGUCCACACUUACCAGGUGAGAUUGUAGUUGCCAAUGAGCAAGGAGCAGCGUAUUUGUGGACUCCCAAAAAAGGAUUGCAGAAGUUUCGUGAAGAAGAUGCCAACCUGUACUUUAAUGCCAAGUCGCCGUGGCGAUGGUGUGAUUUCUCCUGCCACCCGAGAGUGUUGGUCUAUGCUGACAGAACAGGGGCGGAGCUUACAGACAUACGGAGUGCUGACUGUAAUCACACCUUGUUCCGCAUUGGAAAGACUCCAGCUUGUCUGUCGGGAGAGCGAGUGAUUCUGGUCAAAUACCUGGGCAACAUCCACCCCCAUCACCACCUUAUCAACACACAGUUUUCCUCCUACAUCAUGGACGAGCGGGUUCCCAGUAUUCCUAUGCUGAAAUGGGACCACAUGAUGGACUUUCCACCAAUAUACACCUGCGCUUUACCUCCAAAAUCCCAGAGUCAAAGCUGCAAAGUGCUGCUGGGAGCUCAGAGGUCGCAGGAAAUCAUGUUACUGCAGUACACGGGUGGCAGGCAACAUGCUUGUCAGACUCAAGGACCCAUUCAAAAGCUUUUGUGUCCAAAAGACAGUCUAAGCCACCUGAACCUUCAGCUGCCGCACAAGAGACGCAUCGCUCAGAAGAGACUGAACAGCCCUGCUGCAGGUUUCAUGGCUCUACAGAACAAGGACUACCUGUCUGUUUUUCAUCUUACGGACACUGCAGACAUCUUUUACCAAACAUUGAAAUUGCAAACAGAUCAAACCACGACCGAUGCUCAGGAUCCAGAACAAGCCGUCAGAGUGGAACCAACAGUAGGAGACAAUGAAAACUUGCAGUUACAAACCAAUGACAACAUUUCUGAGAACGACUCUGAGACCGAGGGACAGCAAGUGCCUCUCAGUCCUUUGAAAGUUAUCGACAAUGUUGAUAACGAUCCCUUAAACAAUUUAGAUGCAAAUGAAAACGUCAGCAACGAACCACCUAACAAUUCAACUGGGAUUAAUCCAAGUGGCUCCACCAAACCUCUUAAACAAAGCAAAUAUCUUGAUCUUCAACGUAUUUGGGACGUAUGGUUCGACUAUCUUUUUAAAAACUCCGCCGACAAGAAGUGGCUUCCUCAAUUUCGAAGGAUCUACACUGCAGAUAUAAAGUGCUUAAGAACUAAUAAGCAAGAUAAGCUUGAGGAAGAUCGGUUGACGAGAUUGAGGAAAGACCUGCAAGAGGUCAUGAGGAAUAGAGACUUGCUUGUGCAUGGCGUCACGUAUCUGCCUCACUUAAAUGUGGAGCAAAUUCCCGAUCCUGUAGAUCCUGAAGAUUGGCCUGACGAUGUGAGCCAGCGAAUGGCGGCAUCUUGGGAAGGCAAUUGGAAAAGCUGGUGGGAAGACAAGCUGGGCUUAAACCGGGACAAAAAAAUAGCAAAUCUCCGUCAAAAGCGUCGGAGGGAAAAGCAAGCCAGAAGUCGCUCUCGCACAUCGCUUUCUGGAAGCUUCGCCUCGUCUGUUAGCAACCCGGACAGUCUCUCUGGUUGGUCAUCGGCCACGAGUCAGUAUUUGGGCUCGGAUGAGGAAACUUUGGAAAAUUCUCAAGCCACGGACAUCGAGGAGUGGAAGUCCAGACCUGAGAACCGCAACAAGAGCCCCAUCUUAUUGAGGCGCUUUCUAAAUGAACAGUCGGUUGAGAAAGAAGCGGUUAUUUCUCCUUUGAGAAGACUUGAGCAAGAACUAAUGAGAUCUUCAAAAUCUCAGCCCUCCCUUCAGGUUAAACAACCAACCUCCGGCACCCCUAAAGCUACAGUAGAGAAGGAUUCGGUAGAUCAUCCCGGACUGGUCAGCCCAUUGCGGAAGUUAUCCAUCCCAUUAAAACGCUGCAAGGAGUUUUACCUUAGUUCUCUUCCCACUUCCCAAGCAUCUACUCAAGACUCUACAGCGGAUGGUGGAUUUUCUGUCCCUCAGGCUCGCCUUUUGUCACCGGCUGCACCUUCCCAGCGAGCUUCCCAAAUCAGAAGCUCCUCACAGGCCUCCCAGCCAAAGAAAAAGUCUAGGAUGGGCUUCUAAAACUCUGGCUCCAAACAAGGAAUGCAGCAAAGGUGAUCCGUUUACCUCUCGCUCUCGUCCCACACGCCCUCAGGAAUGGUGGGCAGCUCAGGUAUGCUGCAGUAGCUGCUGUGCAGAUUCUGUGCUGUUCUUCGAGAGACGAUCCACACCAGUUUCUUGUGGUCCG